GAUGAUCUAUCUUAUCUUAUGAUAUUGGCCAGAUUCAUGUGAUUUUUAAACUUUCUCUUUAAUACGACGGAAUCCAACUUACCUUGCAUCACAAGAAACCAUAAUUCUCGCAUUUCUUUUUUUUUCUUCUUCUUGUUUGGCUUUUUGUGUGUGGGGUGUUUUAAUGACAGGUGAAUCUACGAAUCUGGGCUGUCGGAGUUCUUGCACCAACCAGACCAGAGAUUCCGUGUUUUUUUUUUCCAAUUGGGAUAUAAAAAAAGAUGGGAGGGACGGUGACAAAGGCAGAAUCGGGACGGGAAUGGGUACCAGAGACGAAGCUGGAGGCCAAGAUCAGCGAAGCAAUGCAGCGAAGAGCUUCCAGAGGCACCUCCAUGAAAUCAUUCAACAGCAUCGUCUUGAAGUUCCCCAAGAUCGACGACGGCCUUCGCAACUGCCGAUCCAUUUUCCACCAGUUCGACGAAGAUUCGAAUGGGUGGAUCGAUCACGAGGAGCUGAAGAAGAGCUUCGAGAAGCUGGAGAUUUCGAUGACGGAGGAAGAGAUAAGAGAUCUCUUCGAGGGAUGCGACAUCAACGACGACAUGGGGAUUACCUUCAAGGAGUUCAUCGUCCUCCUCUGCCUCGUCUAUCUUCUCAAGGACGAUCCCUCCACCGUAAUCGACUCUUUCUCCUAUGCCUCUUAACCAAGCUUGCCGAAGCUGGAGGCCACGUUCGAGACUUUGGUCGAUACCUUUGUGUUUCUCGACGAGAACAAGGACGGCUACGUUAGCCGGGAGGAGAUGGUCCAUGCCAUAGACGAGUCCGGUGAGCGGUCGUCCGGACGAAUCGCCAUGAAGAGAUUCGAGGAAAUGGAUUGGGACAGGAACGGAAUGGUGAACUUCAAGGAGUUCUUGUUCGCCUUCACUCAGUGGGUCGGGAUCGAGGAAAACGAUGAAGACGACGACGACAUGGCUUGAAGUUUCGUCCCGAACCUAGCCGUCGGAUCCCCGUAGAUGUAAGAAACGAAAAACAAAAACGCUAAGAACUGUAUCGAAACUGCAUUUCCUACAUGUUCCCUAUGCAUGAAACAACAACAAGUGAUAGGAUUUGAUGUGUUGAAUGCAAAUACAAUACUUAGUCUGACAAAAAGCAAUACACAUUAAGAACAAUAUGAUGAUGUUUCAGAAAAUCCAGGCUAAGCAAACAGCUUAUCAAAGAAUUUGGUGACAAUGACAAUACUAUCUUAAGAACUGAACUUCCUAAGCAGAAUUUUUUUU